GAGCACCCCCGGACCCCCCUUUCCUUUCAGCUUCCCAGUGCAAAGGCAUAGAGUGACACGGCGCACCGGACAGUUCUCCGAACAGAUUCUGCCACCGCCUUGGCUAGCACGACCAGCCAUCAGGACAGCUCAGCUCCUCCAACUCACAGCUCAGCACCAUCUUCAUUUCAUCCAGAAACAGACACCAGUCUUUUACUUCCUACAGGUGUCAGAUUCACAGGACUACCCCUGUCUCCACUUGCCGCGCAACCAGUCCACCACCUACAACCACUAUACACAAAAACCCACGACACGAAUACCAGAAAUACACGAAUCCCCAGGGGAUACCCACAGUCAAAAUGACAACAAUAGAAACCUACAACCCCCUCCCCCUCCACCUAAACCCAACAAGCAAAUCCAUAACCCUGAGCCACAACACCCCCAGCGCCAGCGAAACCGCCACCCUCGCAAAUGAACUAACCCACCUAAACACCCUGCACCGCGCCCUCCUCGAAACCCCACAGCAGAUCCCCCCGCCUCCGCUACCCAUAAACCCCAAGCGCAGCGCCCAGAUCACCAAGCUCAGGGACAGCGCCAACGCCGCCUACAGAAAAGGCCAGGCGGGCGACGCCGCACGACUGUACGGGUACGCGAUCGACAUGGCGCUGGGCCGGCCCGGCUGGGAGCCGGUCACGUUGGCGCGCGACGAGCUGGCGGGAUUGUAUGCGAACCGGGCGCAGGCGUUCAUGACCCAGCGGCUUUGGGCGGAGGGGCUGGUGGAUGCACGGUGUAGUGUUGAGAGUAAGGCGGUUGGGAAUGUGAAGGCUUGGUGGCGGGGGGGUAAGUGCUUGGUGGAGAUGGGGAGGUGGGAGGAGGCUCGUGGGUUUGUGGAGAGGGGGUUGGAGGUUGAGGGGCGUGAGUCCGAGGGCGGGAGG